UAUAUUCAAUAGUAGCAGAGAAUAUGAAAAAUGUAAGUUUCAGAAUUAUUGAUCACAAACCAUUUCAAUCAAGCAUGAAAACCUUACUCCCCUUGAUUUCAAAAAUAUGAAGCUGUCGGUAAAAUAUGAAGUGCACUUGUGUUGUGAAUAUUUGGAAGUCCUUUUGAAUAGGUAAGUACUAAGGGAACACGAUCACAUUGUUUCUUUUUAUUGUAUUUCAGCAGAUCUGAGCGAUUUAGUUUAUCUACUUUUAAAAGUUGUUUUUCCACUUCUUUGUUUGAGUAACCGCGUUUCUUUAAAUUUGUUUUUACUUUUUCUCGUUGGUGACGAUACUGUCUGUCGGUGGAGCAUAUUUGGCGUGCUCGUAGGGCAAGACCGAAUGGAAUCGCGCUUUUGGUGGAUUCGGGAUGGCUGGAGGCUUUGUUGAAAUACAUAUGCUUGUCGGUCCAAUAAAAUCGCUAUCAUGGCAUCUGAAGACAUUACCCAAGGUCAAUAUGUCAUUGAAUGUGACAUCUGCAAACAACCAGUCUCGUUCUUCUGCAGACGAUGUGGGGUCAAUCUCUGCGAUCCUUGUGUUCCGGUACAUCUCCGGAUUAAGUCCAAAACCGGACAUGACGUGGUGUAUUUCGGCAGUAGAGAUGAUGACGACACCUCUAAAAUUGAAGAACUGAUGAAAACCAUUACAAAGGAAAACGAGUACUUACAAAACUAUAAGUGUGAACUCAAGAUAAUCAUAGAUCAUACGACAAAGCCUCUGGACAAACCGAAAGUUUCCGGAUUUGCAAAGAAAACAAAACAGAGAUUAAAUUCCUUAUCCAAAAUUUACCAACGAAAGAAGGAUGAAGUGACGUCACGAGGAGAAGAGUGGCACAGACAGAUAGAGAAAACCGUGAAGAUGCUCCACCAGGAACUGGACGACAUGCAAACGGAGCACGAAUCGCUACUCCAGAAACAGAAGAGAGAACUGGAAGAAAUUUUAGGAAAAGUUGAUGAAAUAAACGCUACGACAACGAAACUGAAAAAUUCACAGAAUGUUAUGGAAAUGAAGAAACUAAUUGCAAGGAUUGAAAAUCAGGAAACUCCCUCGGAGAUUACGCAGUACUCAUUUCCGGUGUUUUGCAAAGGCGAAAUUGACGACAACUAUUUGAAAUCGUAUUUCGGAUACAUUGAGAAUAUACAAGAAAGAAAGAUUUCUCUGCCGAAAUUGAUAUCUGAGGACCCUGUAAUUUCGAAUCACAAAAUGUUAGAGGUGCCGAGAGUUAUCACAGCUAUAGACACAGGGUUUCCUGCUAGUGAAAAAAACAACCGUCUAUACGAUAAUGCUGUUGUUGAUGAUAACAGAGUGUGGAUGGGAGGAGCAAGUUAUGAACUCAAGUUGUUUGAUUUCCAGGGAAACCUCCACGACACUGUCUCCAUCCCAACACAGGGCUUGUACUUAACUGUAUACAACAAACACGUGAUUUACACAGAACAGGCCAGCAGGUCUGUGCGUAGAGUAGCCAAGGAUAAAACGAUCCAGACGAUGUUUACAACCGGGGGGUGGUUACCACGCGGCAUCACGAGUACCGCGUCAGAUGACUUACUAGUCUGUCUCCGUAAGGACGACCAGUCCAAAGUCGUGCGAUACAGCGGUACCGGUGCCGUACUCCAGAACAUCCAGUACGACUCACAGGGCCAGCCUCUGUACCGAGAUGCAACUUACAUAACUGAGAAUGUCAACGGGGACAUCAUCGUAACAGACUGGAAGAAAAAGGCUGUCAUUGCUGUCGAUAGAUUAGGUAUAUUUCGAUUUUCUUACUCUGGGCGGGACAAUAAAUUUGAUGUCAGCGCCGUCACUACUGAUCCUGUCGGUCACAUUAUUGUCACUGACUAUAAAGGAGACAAGAUCCACAUGUUGGACAGGGACGGGCGAUUCCUGAGAUACGUCAUUCCUGAUCUAGGGAUUAAAUUCCCACUCUCCGUGUGUAUCGUCGGUGACGGGGAGAUGUUUGUUGGGGAAAAUGUGACCGGUGUAGCGAAAAGAAUAAAAUAUUUUGAGCAAUGAACAGAAUGAAUUGUAUGUUGUUUCGCAUAAAAUGUUUUGUUAUGGAAUAAAUUGUGUAAAUUAA